GGAAGGCCCCUUCGUUUACACGCCCUGUAUAUUCAUAAUUUUGGUUUUACUCGAAAAGUAUAUUCAAUUUUCUUUAAAUAAUGGUGAUUAAUAUGGGGAUUUUAAUCCAUUUUAAAUAAAUACUGGUACCUACUUCCCCAAUUAUCGGUAAAUUAAAUUACCCACAUGUUGUUUUAUACAUAACACAAUACCAGUCAAAUUUUUUUCUUUUGCUUACUGGAGGGAAAAUUUUCAAAAUCUUGCUGUUAUACUUACUUUGUAAUAAAUACUUGGGUAGACCGUAUACUAAAUCAGAUGCAGUAGGGUAGGGUACUCUUUUAUUGAUAAGUGUGAUAGAGGUUUCUUCGUGAGUUUACUACAGCAACCAGCUGUUAUUGAUCAAACGAAAAUUACAAACGUUACAUAAACAUGUCAUCGAAUUCGUCUGAUCUGAAAAAUCUCUACAAGGAUCUCCAAUCGUCCAUUAACGACGACAAAUUGUAUUGGAUCCGAAACGACGCCAAGAUAAAGGCUGUUGUUACUUCUAAAAAUUACGACGAAUUCAGAGAUUAUGUCGCAGCAGCACACUUGAGUUCGUUGACUAGAAAGGAGCUUAUGGAAAAAAGGCCUGUUAAAUGGAACAAAACGAUGCUAUAAAUGUAUGAUUUAUUUU